CGCCCGUCGCCUCGUCCAGCUCCCACCACUCUCCUCCCCUCUCCACCAUGGCCUCGUCUCCCCACGCCAUCGUCUCGCCCUCGGUCCUUGCCAGCAACUUUGCCGACCUCGGGAACGAGAUCAAGCGUAUGAUGCACUGCGGCGCACAGUGGGUCCACAUGGACGUCAUGGACGGCCACUUUGUCCCCAACAUCACCAUGGGCGCACCCGUCCUCGCGAGCGUCAACAAGACGGUCGACAACGUCUUCAUGGACUGUCACAUGAUGGUCGCCGACCCGGCAAAGUGGGUCAAGCCUGUCGCAGAGGCCGGCGGCAAGUCGUACACGUUCCACAUCGAGGCCCUCUCGCACCCUGAAUCGGCGCACGAGCUCGUCGAGCUCAUCCACUCGACCGGGAUGCGCGCCGCCGUCGCCAUCUCGCCCGACACGCCCUCGAGCGCCAUCUCGGACAAGCUCGGCGAGAGCGUCGACAUGCUCCUCGUCAUGACCGUCGUCCCCGGCGCCGGCGGUCAAAAGUUCAUGCAGUCGUGCGUGCCCAAGGUCGCAGAGCUGCGCACCCGGUUCCCGACCAAGGACAUCCAGGUCGACGGUGGUGUCGGCCCGGGCACGGUCGGCUGCUGCGCGCGCGCCGGCUCGAACGUCAUCGUCGCCGGCACGGCCCUGUUUGGCGCCGACAAGCCCGCCGAGGUCAUCGCCGACUUCAAGCGCCAGAUCGACGAAAGCAAGAGCAAGUGGGGCACCGACGGCGCGCUCGAGGACAAGUAGAGCUCGACGAGCGAGCGUCGUAGAAGAGUGUCCAUAGGCUGUGCAAGGAACGCGUCGUCUGCAGUCG